UGGUACCAUGUUAUUAUGAUCCAACUUCCUGGGUGGAGACAGCUGCCUCUCCCGAGUAUUUUCUGUUGCUGCGAAUGGUGUGUGAACGUAAAUAUGUCCAUUCUGUGAAACAUUAAGAAAUGUAUCACUUAUGUGCGGAAGAGGCGAAAGACCGUUAUUGUAACAAAUUAGGUAAACCAUCAUGAUCCCCAUCACAGAGCUCCGGUACUUUGUUGACACCCAGCCGGCGUACCGCAUCCUGAAGCCAUGGUGGGACGUCUUCACAGACUACAUCUCCAUUGUCAUGCUCAUGAUCGCCGUGUUCGGGGGCACGCUGCAGGUCACCCAGGACAAGAUGAUUUGCCUGCCCUGCAAGUGGGUGGUCAACAAGUCCUGUGAGUACCUCAAUGUGAGCUUCCCAGACCCAUUUGCCUCUGAGCCCAAAGGCAUCAAGUAUGAACUCGAUCGGCACCAGUACAACUACAUUGACGCGGUCUGCUACGAGAACAAGCUGCACUGGUUCGCCAAGUACUUCCCCUAUCUGGUGCUACUGCACACCCUCAUCUUCCUGGCCUGCAGUAAUUUCUGGUUCAAGUUCCCCCGGACUAGCUCCAAAUUAGAGCACUUUGUGUCCAUCCUGCUCAAGUGUUUUGACUCGCCCUGGACCACCAGGGCUCUGUCCGAGACGGUAGUGGAGGAAAGCGACCCCAAGCCCCUGGGGAAGAUGAACGGUUUGGUGGACAAGAAGGCAUCUUGUGUCAGCGAGGACGUGGAGGCCAGCAUUCCUAUGCUCCAAAGGACUAGGUCCCGCAUCGAACAGGGCAUAGUGGACCGCUCCGACACCGGCGUCCUGGACAAGAAGGAAGGCGAGCAGGCCAAAGCUCUGUUUGAGAAGGUGAAGAAGUUCCGGAUGCACGUUGAAGAAGGGGACAUCGUUUACCGGCUCUACAUCCGCCAGACCAUCAUCAAAGUCGUCAAGUUCAUCCUGAUCAUCUGCUACACGGCCUACUAUGUGCACUACAUCAAGUUCAGUGUGAUCUGCAAGGUGGACAUUGAGAAGCUGACAGGCUAUAGGAUGUACCACUGUGCUCACCCCCUGGCCACCCUCUUCAAGAUCCUGGCCUGUUUCUAUAUCAGCCUGGUGGGGAUUUACGGUCUCAUCUGCAUGUACACCCUCUGCUGGAUGCUCAGCCGUUCCCUCAAGCGCUACUCUUUUGAGUCGAUCCGUGAGGAGAGCCAUUAUAGCGACAUACCCGAUGUGAAGAAUGACUUUGCCUUCAUGCUGCACAUGAUUGACCAGUAUGACCCACUCUACUCCAAACGGUUUGCCGUUUUCCUAUCGGAGGUGAGUGAGAACAAACUGCGUCAGCUGAACCUCAACAACGAGUGGACGCUGGACAAGCUGAGGCAACGCAUCACCAAGAACUCCCAGGAGAAACUGGAGCUGCACCUGUUCAUGCUUAGCGGAAUCCCUGACACAGUGUUUGACCUCCUAGAACUGGAGGUGCUCAAGCUGGAGCUCAUCCCUGAUGUCACUAUCCCCCCCAUCAUUGCCCAGCUGGUCAGCCUGAGAGAGAUGUGGCUCUACCACACACCAGCCAAAAUCGAGGCCCCAGCUUUGGCCUUCCUGAGGGAGAACCUGAAGUCCCUCCACAUCAAGUUCACAGACAUCAAGGAGAUCCCUCUGUGGAUCUACAGCCUGAAGAACCUGAGUGAGCUGCACCUCACAGGGAACCUGAGCGCAGAGAACAACCGCUUCAUCGUAAUCGACGGGCUACGGGAGCUCAAGAGGCUCAAAGUGCUCCGUCUGAAGAGCAACCUGACCAAGCUGCCUCAGGUGGUGACGGACGUCGGGGUCCACCUCCAAAAGCUGUCCAUUAACAACGAGGGCACCAAGCUAAUGGUGCUCAACAGCCUUAAGAAGAUGAUGAACCUUACAGAGCUGGAGCUGUUGCGCUGUGACCUGGAACGAAUCCCGCACUCUAUCUUCAGCCUGCACAACCUGCAGGAGAUCGACCUGAAGGACAACAAUCUCAAGACCAUCGAGGAGAUCAUCAGCUUCCAGCACCUGCACCGGCUAGUAAGCCUGAAACUGUGGUACAACCAGAUCGCCUACAUCCCCAUCCAGAUCGGCACCUUGACAAACAUGGAGAGGCUCUACCUAAACCGCAACAAGAUUGAGAAGAUCCCGGGCCAGCUCUUCUACUGCCGCAAACUGCGCUUCCUGGACCUGAGUCACAACAACCUGACCAGUAUACAUGCCGAUGUGGGCUUCCUCCAGAACCUGCAGUACUUUGCUGUGACGGCCAACAGGAUCGAGUCGCUCCCGCCGGAGCUGUUCCAGUGCAAGAAGCUGCGCACCCUGAACCUGGGCAACAACUGCCUCCAUACUCUACCAUCUCGCUUUGGCGAGCUGACGGGCCUGACCCAGCUGGAGUUGCGGGGUAACCGUCUGGAGUGCCUGCCCGUGGAGCUGGGGGAGUGCAGGCAGUUGAAGAGGAGCGGCCUGGUGGUGGAGGAGGACCUGUUCAAGACACUGCCCACAGAGGUCAAAGAACAGCUGUGGAGGGCCGACAAGGAGCUAGUCUGAGAGAGUCCAGAGAGAGGGAGCCUAAGGAGAGGAGGAAAGCGGGAGAGAGGAUUGGGCAGUGGAGGCUGAUGUCACUUUCAAUUGGAGGCCAUUCUCAAAUUUCUCCCUUCUUCCAGCCUCCACUAGUAUGGGGUAGGAGAAAGGGGGGAGAUGUGUCUGUAUUGCUGGACAUGCAUCCAGAGAAGGAUGGUUGGUUGGUUGUUGUCUUGGCUCUCCUGGCUGAAUUAGUCUUUUUUAGGGUAACUGGUAGGACUGCCACAAUUACAGUAUAACCGUGUAACCGAUGAAAACAGUCAUAACCAUUUAAAAAAAAUUAAAUAAACAUUUGGCUGAAUAACCACAAUGCAGCAGCAUCAGCACAGAAAUAGAACAGUCUAGGUAAAUCUAAUCUUGGUAAUUUGACUGGUAAACUUGUAGAUACACUUGCAAUGGCUGCCUGAUAUUGUGAUGUAAUAAUUUCCAUGGUAAUGUAGAAUGUUCACUCAAAUUAUUUUAACUAAUGUAGCUCAUGCAAUGUAUUUUUUUGUAAUGUGAGUUGAUUGAAUCAAAUCGCAGGACAAAUUACUUCCUGCUUUCAAACUAUGGGUACACUGUCAAUAGCCGCCACUCCACCCAUUAUGCCAUAAUUUACUUGAAUUGGGAUGCCUGUUCUAUUCAUUAUAUUUCUAUGGCAGCACAUGCAGUCUGGAGGAGAGGAGAAAAUGUAAAUCUACCAAAAAAAUUAUAAAUUUUUCGCUAUUCAAACAUUUUAUUACGGUGACCGCGGUAAUUUGGUUGGCCAAUUACCGUUAUCCUAAAUUCCAUGACCAUCACAUCCCUAGUCACAGGGUCACAAGAUUAACAGACUAACCAGAUGGAGACCUCUCCUCUCCAACUGUGGUUCUUUUCCCCCUUGUUCUUUUAUGAAAUGAUGUGCAAAGUCGAUCGUUGUCGAAUGCUGAUUAGGAGAGGAUGAGAGACAGAAAUGAAAUGCUUGUGAGAUUGAGGAUUUGUUUGUUUGUACGGAGUCAUCUCAGUAUGGGUCAAGGUUGUUAAACUCAUUUUGCUCUGGGGGCUGCAUUUGGUCUUUGAGGUCAAUCCUCCCGGACUGUCUAGCUUCCAUUGUCAUUUCUAUACCGUUUCCAUUUGGUUUUAGUCAUUUUAAACUAUAUUGAGUAUGUUUCCCCACCAAAAGGAAAACAAUAUUUAUAUAUAUUUUUUAAAUCUCAAACAACUGACAGGUAUGUUUUGACAUUUCUGGUAUAGACAGUGGCCACAGAAAGACUACAUAAAAGAGUUGGUGUGGAAAGUUCAUGUAGCCUACAAAGCAAUAUAUGUGUGUGUGUGUGCUCUGUUUUCCAUCUUCACUUGGAAGUAUACAGUCCACUAGUCUGUUUAUCCAAAAGCCAGUGAGAGGACGCAGGAUCUGACUGGUUAAUGAAACACUAUGGCUGAUGUAACCAAAGCAGGGCCCUGUUUUAUUAGGCACCAAAUAGUGGGAAAUGGACUGAAACUACCUGGACUUGUCCAAAAAUAACACACAUUUUUGUUUUCUGCAAAACAUUUAAAAAUGUUUGUUACCGUGUGCCCUAAUGAAAACAACCCAGAUAUUUGCACUCCAAAACAGUGACCGUGGAUACAUCAUUGGCUUAUACAGAACACAUUUGUGAGGUAUAUUCUGCAUGAAUAUCGAAGAGAUACUUUUUUAUUGAAUGGACUUGGAGUAGACAACAUUAGAGGUCAAUUGCCACCAAAGGUGAUUCCUUUAAGACCAGCCAGGCAACUCUUGUUACUUAUAUGGCCUUCCCUUUCUGGUGCUGUAAUGUAUGUCCCACGCUGUGUCAUUACAACCAUGUUCAUGAUUUUGCUAAAUAUGCAGACAAAUGUAUAGCUUAUAAUGUUGUACAUUUAUGUUUCAAGAAUUUACAUGGUAUUAUUAUUCUUACCAGCUGUUCCAAGUUAUUUUCAAAGGAGAGGGAAGCCUCACUUUGGAGGAAAGUGAGCUGAAUUAAUCUUUAAAAUGUAAUAACUACAUCCAAAACUGCCCUUUUUUGCAAGGUUACCAAUGGGUGUUUUGAGUCCAGCUCUGUUCUGAAAAGGCCUGUCUUGGAUUUGUUAGUAAAGGCUCUAAAAGGCUGGAGCAACGCUCACAGAGUAAGAGUGCAUCAGAGAAGAACAAGCAAUCCCAGAGCAGAGGCUCGCUGGUCGAGACUUGGGUGGUUGAAUACAGACCUACUUUAAUGUUGAAGUAUUAUUCUCUGACAUGUUCCAAACUUUUUGAAACAUUUGAAAACAGUAAACAGGUACACCCUAGGUCAUUCCUUAAACGGGGUGUUAUGAUUGAUGUGGUUGAGCUAUCUUAACAAACUGUUUUGAGAGUACCAUAGGACUAUCUCAGGGCUUCACUGGAGAGCUCAUUGAUGCACAGCUUUAAUGUGGCACAGAUUUGAAGGGGUAAAUAUGGAAACAGUUAGCGCUGACUGAAUUGGAGAACAAAAUUGAGAUUCUGAUAAUAGAACAGGAGAAUAUAUUUCAGAAUAUAUUGUUGUGUAUAUAAUUGCUGUCACUCUUUAAAAGCCAUAUAGCGUCAUAAAGAAUCAUGUAAGCCUCUUUCAGUUCAGCUGAGGUAGUGGUUACAUGCUAUUCUUCUGUAUCACGUCUAACUCUAUAAAUGUAUUGUUUUUACACUGAACUAUUUGUAUCUAACCAGAUCUAAUGCUCCAGCUUUUUAUCCUUUUCCAUAGUCCUCCCCAACAAAUUAAAAAUCUGUUUUUAUCCUGACCUGUACUUGUACUGACCUUCAACACAGUGGGAACACUGUCACUUCCCUUAAUCACAAGAUUAGGCAUUCCCCCCUAAAAAGCACAUUGAAAUCUCUAACUUCUAUUUCACAACCCCCCCCUCCAGUAUGGCACCAUGGAGGAAACGGGUGGAGGGUGAGGUCAGCAAAGUGUUUACAGAGCAGUGGAACUAGGAAGUGUGGUAACAUUUUAUUUGGAUAGUCAAUCUGUAUAUGUUCUACAGACUAAGUUACAUUUCAGCUAACUAUCUGCUAGCCCUAACCAAUUACAUUAUAUUUUAGUCAUUUAGCAGAGGCUCUUAUCCAGAUUUACAUACAGGAGCAAAUAGGGUUAAGUGCCUUACUCAAGGGCACAUCAACAGAUUUUUCACCUAGUCUGCUUGGGGAUUCAAACCAGCGACUGGUCCAACGCUCUUAACUGCUAGGCUACCUGCCGCCCUAACCUUAACCCGUAACUUAGACCUAACCCUAACUGUAACCUUCAAGCAGUUGCUUAUCAACAAAGUGUGACCGGAAGUGUGUUUGACCCACAGAAAAGGCUUCCCCCGAUCAAGUCACUGUAGGAAAGGUUUCUGUUCGGCUCAAAGUACAUGUUGCAUGGUCUAGGGUCAGAUUGCAGUACCCUCAUUAUGAGCUUAGUCAUUAGGAAAUUAAAUAAUAUCUGAUCCUGUGGUUGGAGACAACUUCUACUGUACAUACCCCCCCCAUCUGUAUAGGACUGUGCCAGUAUGUUCGGUACUGUAGGUAGUCAUGCCAUGGUCACAACAGUUGACCGCAAGGGUAGCAGGUAGCCAAGCGGUUGAGCAUUGGGCCAGUAACUGGAAGGUCACUGGUUUGAAGACCUGAGCCGACAAGGUGAAAAAUCUGUCUGUACCCUUGAGCAAGGCACUUAACCCUAGAGUGCUCCAGAGGCACCAUAUUACUAUGGCUGACCCUGUAAAACAACACCUUUCACUGCACACAUCCUAUCUUUAUUUUAUCAUCCCAUCACUUAUCUCCCAUCAGCAAUGUGACUGUUGUGAAUGUUAUUUUACAUGUAUGCAUCCCAACAUUCCUUUUUAUUUCAUGUGUUUUUUGCAGAGUUACUGAAUGUUUUCAUAAGCAACAUUCAAGUUCUCAGACUGGUCAGAAAUGGUGUUCAGUGCUCGAGCUAUGCAACGCUUGCCUUAUUUCAACAGUCCUCUUGUGCAUCCAGUGUGGGUGGAGCGCCCUCCUGCGGAGGUCUGAGUAACAGAGGAAAGUGUUCACUGUCAUUUUCUCCAUUUGUUUUCUAAUGUAAAAUAAAAAAUGCUGUAAGGUUAUGUGUAUUACCAUCAAAAUAUUAGAAUUUUCUGACUCUUAAUGGCCAGUCAUUUAACCACAUUGUGUAUCAUUUGGGUAGCAUACCAAAACUGUCGAAGCAGCAUUGAUUCUUCUCAUGAUUAUGUAUUUUACCUGUUUUGGGGAAUCGUUUCUAGGUUAACUCUUAUUGCAUAUGCAUAAAUAGGCAAACUACCUACUUUUUUAAUAGGGGGUUCAUGAUACUACACUAUAUUGUUUGAUAGAGUUAAGUUGUUCUAAAAAACACAGCCUAUGGAAACAGUUCAGGGAGUCCGAGAAAGGCUUCUUAUUACAUAUUGUACUUGGCUUAGUUGAUGAUAACAUAGGUGAUAACUUGGCUAACUAAUGCCAUCUUUAUUCAUUGUGUUAUUUUUCCCUCUGCGAUGUUAUGAAGGGUCGUAAAGUAAGCAUUUCACUGUUAGUCUACACCUGUUUUACGAAGCAUGUGACAAAUACAAUUUAGUUUUGUGAUAUCUCCGUAGCAUUAACAAUUGGCACGGCCAUGGCAUGCUCUCUCAAUAUUGGGUAGGGCUAUGGAAAUGCACAUUGUCUGUCAAACAAUGCUUUUUAUUUCUUGUAAGCCAUACUUUGGGUGGUCAACAGGACAAUGAUACAUAUUUCUGUCAGCCAACUGAAUGAGAUCAGUUGGUACAAGCCUGUAUCUAUCUUUCUUUGAUGUUUUGCUGGCUGGCAUUGUAAGGGCCAUGAUGUGUGCUGGCCUUUGUUCCUUUCCAUCUGCUUGGACAGUCUGGUCAACAUCUCAACCCACACAUUUCAUGCCAGGUUCACAUACUGUACGCCACCCACAUUGGGCGGCACUAUAAUGUUGCUCUUGUUUCAUUUAAGUGUAAAAACAUGGACCUGUCAAACGUUAAUGGGCAAAUGACAAUCUGUAUCUCUUCUACAUCAGUGUUGCCCAUGUAAUGAUAGGUUUUCACUUCGUUGCCAAAAUGAGUGAACACUGGCUUUCUUAGUGGAGAAAUGAUGAAUGCCCCAGACUCUUGUAACAAUGGAAUAAUUGAGCCUUGACAACACCACAAGUUGCUUUACUGUGCCUUUUUUUUUUUUUUUUUUUUUUUUUUUA